CUAGUGGGAGGAGGAGAGGGAUCCUCCCCCUCCCCCGCCCCGUAGCAAAACACCCACCCACCGUAAACAUUGGGAACUGUCACAGAUGGGAUGGAGACUUGUUAGCCCCUGGGACGUCUUUUACGUUUUGUACUCCUUACACAGUUUUGUUAUGAAUCAUGGGUACUAACAACCAGGAUGUUGCGUGUUAUCUUGUUACCAAGCAUUCAGCAUGGAAGGGCAAAUACAAGAGGAUAUUCAGUGUGGGGAAUGCAGGCAUCACCACCUACAAUCCAAACAGUAUGGAAGUUACCAACCAGUGGUAUUACCACGACUUUAUUAAUAUAACACCAGCCUUGAAAGGCAUUGGGCAGGUUCCCAACGAAUUCAUCAUCACAAUGAGAAAAGGGAAGAAAGUAGAUCACAUGAGAUUUUCUUCAGAUCAUCGGACUGACAUAAUAUCAGAGGCUCUAGUAUAUAGACAUAGUUUUGCAGAACCUGUUUCAGACAAUUUGCGUGCUAACGCCCAGAAAGUUCACUGGACAGAGACCAAGCAGUCAGUGGUACUGGAAGUGACUCCCUGCUCUGUGGAUCAGCUGGAUCCUACACUGGAGCCCCUUUAACUUCAUACAUGUUCAAAGACAUAGAAGCCUUAGUUCCUAUAUCAGACCUUCCAGGUGGUAUUUGUAUUCAGAGUGGAGGGUUUGGUAGGCUUCACAUAUUUUCUACUGAUCGUCGAGAUGAAAUACUGAAGAAAGUGGAGGAUAAUGCUAAGAAGUACAUAGGAAUUACUAUACCAGCAAAAAAAGUUUGCAUAACGUUGGAGAAAGCAUUAGAUAGUAGACUGGGAAAAUAUAGUGGUGAUGAGCACAUCACAUCCUUAUGUGAAUUUCCUGUGCAUAAAGUUACUCACAGACAUAAUGAUCCGGUGAGAAGAACACUGUGCAUAAGUGAGACUUGCUUGAUUGAACGUGAUCCCAACUCAUACUCAAUAGUAACCUUAAAACCCCUCUCAGAUGUUUUUGCACUCGUUAGAAAUCAGGAAAACCCUCAGAAGCUCACUGUUGAGUAUGUCCGUGGAGGCAGCAGAGUUUAUAUGUCUUCUGACAGGGAUUCGUUGCUGGCAUCGCUCAUUGAUGGGGUUCGUGCGUCGGGUAACUUGGAUGUUCACGUGCGCAUGACUCUUACUCCACGGGGCAAGAGAUUAGGGCCUUUAGAAGUGCCUGUUGAUGAAGAAGUGGAAUCUAUGCAUCUCAAAUUUCUUCAACAGCCGCCACCUGGCUGGAGCUUCUCUGAAACAGUCGAUAGGUUUAAUGCAAAUGUCUCUUACUCAGGGUUACUACAUGCAGUUACAGGAGAGGGACUGUUUGCAGAAAACAAAGAGAGAUUAAUCACUGGAGGACUGGGUGCUCUAGUGUUACGAGAAGGAGACCAAACAACUUUACCACCUGAGGAAGUUGAAGCACAGUUCCAUGCUCUGCGGCGUUUAGUUGCCUCAAAGGCAGGAUUUGCUUGUCUUACGUCUUUAUCAGGUUUCAGGGAAAAAAUCGGGGUGAAAGUUGUCAAAGCACUGCAAAGAAACGACGAUGGCAUUAACCAUGCUGCCCUUGAUAUGCUCUGUGCCCUUAUGCAGCCAAUGCACGAUUAUCCAGAUCUAAAGCAAGAGCAGCUCAACAAAGCGUCACUUCUUGCAUCCCCAAAAUUUCAGGAGAAAUUAUUAGAGAACUGGGUCAGCCAUGUUACCCAUGGAACUGGUGCCUUAGUGGUGUUAGCAAUGUUAGAUUUCUUGACUUUUGCCCUCUGUGCACCUUAUAGUGAAACAACAGAUGGAGCUCAUUUUGAUCGCCUUUUAGAAAUGGUGGCUGAGAAUGGCAGAUCCCUCUUCAGAUUAUUCCAGCAUCCAUCACUGGCGAUUGUCAAGGGGGCUGGCUUGGUGAUGAAAGCUGUCAUUGAAGAAGGAGAAAGUGAUAUACCGGAACGUAUGCAACUUCUAGCCCUAACAGAAGGAGCGCUACCAAGACAUCUUUAUACAGCUCUCUACACCCAGACAUCUGAUGGGAGGCUUCUUACUCAUCGCCAGCUUUCUCGUCAUUUAGUUUCUCUGUGGGCAGCAGAAAAUCAGUCAGCAAUAGAUCUUUUAGGAAGAACAGUACCUCCAGGGUUAUUGACAUUUCUGGAAAGCAAGGAAACCGUACCUCUUGAUGACAUUGACAGACUUAAUUUACGGGAUAACAUCAAAAUGGCAGAAGAAAACGAAGAAAAGAACAGAAAAAACCAGGUCCUCGAAAGUCUUGACAGAGCUUACAAGACGUCUGUGAAGAAAGUUGAAAGUCUUGUUGAAAAACAUAUGGAUAAAAUUGAAGCUGUGGAAAGGCAUUUACAGUCAGGGGCCAAGCAAAUGGAAGCUUACUACGAGGUCUACCUGGAGAAGCAUGUUGACUUUGCCUUGCAACACUGGCGAUCACGUAUGAAGAGAGAAAAGACUGCAGAGGAGAAAUUUCGAGAAAGGCCAUUGGUUUUAAGGAAAAGACGUGAAAAGUUGAAGAUAACUGCGAAUUGGCCUUUGUUUUAUUACCAUUUCAAUAGAGAUCAUGCUCUUCCAAAUCUCAUAUGGAACUACAAGACGAGAGAAGAGUUGCGAGUAGCCUUAGAAUCUGAGAUGCGAGCCUUCAAUGAGGAUAGAGACAUCAGGUCGUCAGUUGUGAUAGCUUGGAAUCAUCAUGAAUUUGAGGUAUCGUAUCCCUCUUUAAAAGAUGAGAUUAAGAUUGGAGAUUACUACCUAAGGAUAUUGUUAGAACAGGAGAGUACGGCAUCCCAAGAAGACUCGCCAAUCAGAAAGUCAUAUGAAUUCUUUAAUGACCUCUACCAUAGAUUCCUACUUACUCCUAAAGUGGCUAUGAAGUGCUUGUGUCUUCAGGCAAUGGCACUUGUGUAUGGCUUGCAUCAUAAAGAAGUUGGUCAGUUUAAUGACACAAGAUACAUAGUGACGAUGCUGUCUCGUACCUGCGACAGAUUAGAGAGAGAUAGAUUGCUACUUUUCUUGAAUAAGCUUAUAUUAGAGAAAUCAAAUGUUCGAGAAAUUGUGGAAGCUGGUGGGGUUCGUAUUUUAGCAGACUUGCUGACCCUUGCCCACCUACAUGUUAGCAGAGCAAUAAUGCCGACACAGACUAAUGUGAUAGAAGCAUCGCCAGACAUGGCACGGGACUCCGAGAAGGAAUGGUAUUACCAAGGCACCAACAAAGAGAGGGCAGGUCCCUUUAGUUUCAAAGAUCUGAAGGAAUUUUGGGCCAGCAAUACAUUAACUUUGAAGACGCUUUGUUGGGCACAGGGAAUGGAUGGGUGGCACCCUCUGAGUAAUAUCCCUCAACUGAAAUGGUCACUUGCUGCCACCGGUACUGCAGUGAUGACAGAAAGUGAUCUUGGUACACUCAUCCUUAACAUGCUUAUCACCAUGUGUAGAUACUUCCCUUCAAGAACAGAUGAUGGCGCUGUCAUUCGGCCUUUGCCAAGAAUUAAGAGGCUGCUUUCAGAUCCUUUGUCUCUACCACAUAUUGUCCAAUUGCUGCUCACUUUUGAUCCUGUUCUAGUGGAAAAGGUGGCAACAUUAAUGGUUGAGAUUAUGCAAGAUAAUCCACAUCUAUCCACAUUGUACACUACGGGCGUGUUUUUCUUCAUACUCAUGUAUACUGGUUCUAAUGUUCUCCCUAUUGGCCGUUUCCUUCAUAUGUCUCACAUGCAGCAGGCAUUUAGAGCAGAGGAGAAUGCUGGAGGGGAUAUUAUGCAGCAAAGUAUUCUUGGCCAAAUACUGCCUGAAGCUAUGGUUUGCUAUUUAGAAAAUUAUGGAGCAGAUAAAUUUGCAGAAAUUUUCCUUGGAGAAUUUGACACUCCUGAGGUGAUCUGGAGUAAUGAAAUGAGACGUCACAUGAUAGAAAAACUGGCUUCUCACUUAGCAGACUUCACGCCUCGGUUGAUGAGCAACACUCGAGCCUUGUAUCAGUAUUGUGCCAUCCCCCACAUCACAUAUCCACAACUAGAGCAAGAACUCUUCUGCGAUAUUUACUACCUCAAACAUUUGUGUGAUGUCGAUAGAUUUCCUGAUUGGCCAAUUAAAGAUCCGGUUGCCCUAUUAAAGAGAGUUUUAACAGCCUGGCGUAAUGAGGUAGAAAAACAGCCUUCAUCAAUGAGUGUUGAAGAUGCCUUCACUGAGUUAGGACUUGAGCAAGAGGCAAGACACGAUGAUGCAAAGAUUAGGAAAGCUUACUUUAGAUUAGCGCAGAAAUAUCAUCCUGACAAGAACCCUGAUGGGAGAGACAAAUUUGAGAGAGUCAACAAAGCUUAUGAGUUCCUUUGCAGUAGAUCAGCGCAUUCUGUGGAUGGGCCUGAUCCACGAAAUAUUCUUCUAGUCAUCAGAACACAAAGUAUUCUUUUUUCACGCUACAAAGAUGUUUUAGCACCAUACAAAUAUGCUGGAUAUCCAAUGCUAAUCAAAACCAUUCAGCUAGAAGCGGACGACGAACAGCUCUUCAGCAAAGAGACCUCUCUUCUAGCUGCGGCAGCAGAAUUGACGUACCAUACCAUCAACUGCUCUGCAUUAAAUGCUGAAGAAUUAAGGCGAGAGAAAGGGCUCGAGGUGCUACAAGGUGCAUAUAACCGUUGUGUUAGUGUCCUAAAUGCCAGCAGUAAGCAGGGUGAUGUUGCUGUACAAGUUUGCACCAAUAUUGCAAAGUGUUAUACAGCUGCCGCUUCCUUCCCACUGUGUCGGGAGAAACUUAUUGAGAUGUCACACUUUAUUAAGGAUCUCUGUCACACAUUGUAUUUCAAGACUUUACUUCGUGUGUGCCUUGUUGGUGUGGAAUGUGUCUCGGCACUGGCAGUCGACCAAAUUCUUCAGAUGAAUCUUCUUCAGGCUGGAGUCAUUUGGCACCUCUUGCUCUUUCUUUUUGCUUACGAUUUCACUCUAGACGAAGGUGGAGUCAGCAAAUCUGAGGACUCAAACCAACAGGAAAUGUGUAAUAGAUUAGCGAAGUUGGCUCUUCGAGCUAGUGGUCGCUUGGCUGGUUUAUACAGAGAGGAUGAAGCCACCCCUGUAAAUACUGUCGUUCAAGGUGUGCUGCAGAAACUGCUUACUUUUUAUGUGGUAUCACUAAUACCAGAAAGGAAACCUGAGGAAGUUCUCAAGCUCUUGACAAGCAACGUGGAAACUCCAUAUUUAAUAUGGGACAAUGGAACUCGAACACAACUUCUGGACUUCUUGAAUGUGAAUCAGCAGUCUCAUGUGCGAACAGGACAGUCAGAUCCUGAAUAUGGGGCUGCCUUUGAAUUUGAUGCACAUAAAGAUGAACUGGUCAUCGGAGGAGUCUUCAUUCGAAUUUACAACGAACAGCCAACAUUCCCAAUUCAGAAUCCAAAGGAGCUGACUCAGGAGUUACUCCAGUAUAUAGGUGGAGAAACCCAGUACGUGCACUCGUUACUUUCCAUCUCAUCAGCAUCGGUCUCCCAUCCAAGGCUUGCACGUGUUGGUGAUGCAUUAAGAGCUCUUGUUAAUGUAAUAAAAAACAAUCCCGGAAGUAAAGAGUCAUACCUUAGAGGGGAUCGGAUAUCAGGUGUUGAAAUGCAGUGUAUAGGUCACUUCAAGCUAUUGUUUUCACUGCUGCGUUUGGAAGGCUGUGUGUCUGUGCAGCAAAGCGUUUUAGCAGUGAUUGAAGGAGUCACGGGAAAUGCUGACUGUGUCAGUGAUAUUGCUGGCUCCGAGGUUUUGGUGUACCUGAUGUUAGCUCUGCAUUCUCCAGCACUGGUACCUGAUCGUAUGACCUCUCUUAACAUAUUACAUGCGUUAAUGUCAAAUACCAAAAUUGUCAAAGAAGCCCUUAAUAAAGGUGCUGUCAUGUAUCUUCUCAACAUAUUCUGUUCCUCUGAUGAUGGUGACGUUCGAGAAAAAACCUCGGAGCUGAUGGGCAAGAUGACAUGCGACAAACUAGUUGGCCCUAGAGUCCGGCUCAUCUUGAACAAGAUUCUCCCUAGUGCCCUGGUAGAUCAGAUGAGAGAUUCUCCAUCCACAGCCGUUCACAUGUAUGAAGCACAGCAUGAAAACCCUGAGUUGAUAUGGACAGAUGAGUCAAGACAGAAGGUUUCUGCAACUGUUGAGAGAUUGGUUGAAGAAAUUCACCAGCAACAGCGUGAAGAUCCCAAUACUGUCUGGAAAUUCCCCGAAGACAUCACUUUAUCUUCGACCUCUGGAGAAGUGGUUGUUGGGGGAGUGUACCUUCGACUGUUGGUGUCCAGUCCCACUUGGGUUUUGCGCAAACCUAAGCAGUUUGUUUCUGACCUGUUAGAUGCUCUUCUAGAUCUGUUUGCAAAAGGGGGUGGUGAGGAUGACACUUUAGAACUAGUGCUUAAUAGUAUUGUUAUGGUACUGUCAGCCCAGCGCAACCUCUUAGAAUAUUUACCUCAACUUGGUCACAUUCCACGAAUAGUGUCGCAUCUCUCGUCUAAAUGCCUUCCCGUGGCUAGAGCUGCCGCUUUAACGACUCACCAGUUUACUUUUAAUCAGGUAUGCAGUAAUAUACUGGAAGGAACCGAAGUAAUAUCAGGCCUUGUAGCAGCGAUGAAAUUACGUCCAGAUGUAGUCGGUGUAUCCUGUGAAGCGCUACAUAAUUUGUUUUCAGAAGGUGGAGUUUCUGGGCCAGCUCUUGUUGAACAAGGGCUCCGUGCUAAUGUAAUCCCUUUCCUACUAUCUUUAUUGGAUGCAAAACUCCAAGUCCCCAAUCCAUCCUCCACCAAAGCUCAGAUCGUUGCUUGUUUGAAGAGUAUGGCAUCGUCCCCACAGCAUUCAGAUGAGGUUGUGGAGCUACUCGAAAAGUCAACUGUAUGGGCGCAGUAUCGGGAUCAAAAGCACGAUCUGUUUCUGGACACCUCUCCUGCUCUACACUGUUUAACUGGAACAGUUCCAGGUGUUUCUGGUUACCUAACUCAGGGGUCAACGCGUGUCAUGCCCUCUCUACCGCCAGCUGUCAGUGAUACAAGACAUCAGCCAGAGUUGCCAUAAAGUGAUGUUAACUCUAGUUGCAUAUAAAUAGGUUUACAGGAUUUAGUUCAAGUGAUCUCGACAGUGAAAGCAACAAAUUAUUGAAAAUCUCUCACUUUUUAGUUGGCAACAUACUACCUGUGUGUGUGUGCUUGCUUAUUAUGGAAAAAUCGUACCAUUAAGUAAAAGACUGGCACACCCAUUUAUAGACAGUUUAUCAGAUAAAACUGGAAUUAUGUUUUCUUUCCGAGUGGAGGAUAGCAGACAAUACAUUUUCAUUUACCGUACACUUACCAUUGUAUCCCUUUCCUUUUUUAGGUGACAUUUUCUCUUACAUGACUUGGAUAAGUAUUGCACCAACUGUAGUUUCACUGAGGCAGUAGAUGUUUGUCAUCAUUUAUUGUUACACCUGCACUAAGAUCUUCAGUGUACUGUCAGAGGAGAUCAUCAGGUUGGCCAGUCAACCCAUUUUCCAUUCCUGUGCUUCUCUUGAUGAAAUUUGAACAUUUAAAUGCUAAGUUUCUAAGUACAUUCAAGAAGAACUUUGCUCAAUAUUGGAGCAGCUGCACUAUGCUCAAGUUCAAUUAUGUAGAAUACUAGAAAGAAUCCAGGUGGAUUGAAGUUAUAUUAUUUGUUUACUGCAAGCUUCAAAUUUGUCGGGCAAUUGUGUAAACUAGAACUAGCAUUUGAGGUGAGAUCAAAUAUUGAUUGUAUUUUGUAUGAAAGUUGAAGUAAAAAUUUUAUUUUCACAUCUUGAUUGCAGUUUUGCUUUGCAGAAGGUAUUGUUAGCACUUUCCAAUCCUUUCGUCCUCAUGCAUUCAAUACUACAAGUACUUCAGUGAAGUAACCCACAAUUUAUUAUUUAGAGGGAAAGAAAGAACAUGGUUUAGGUUACUAUGCAAAGAAGGAUGAAAAUCAGAUACAUUGAAAAUAUGAGACGAGUGGAGAUCUCUUCAUACAGUGCUUGCCAAAUCUUUGGGGAGAAAAGCAUUUGCAGUAUUGGUUUCCAGUCUUAAGUGUGGAUAUCUGGUACAUUGAACACCAUCAUUUUGACACUGUAUUGUGCACCAUGCAUUUAGCCAUUAUUUUUUUGGCUAUAAAUGUUCUAAUUAUUUUGGUAAAGUGAAGUUGUCUUUUAUCAUUUUCAUCAUCUGAUCAGACCCUUUUUUUUUCUCUCCUUUUUUUUUUUUUACUGGAAGUGAUUCAGUAUGGAAAGAGAACCUUGUGAGUAACUGAACUUGGUUUACACGAUGUCAUUUGAAAAAAUAUUUUUAUUCCUUUGAAUAUUACAUAUGUGAGUUUGUGAAAAAGAAACCAAGAAGCUUUUUUUUCAUAUUUGUUGGUUAAAUAAAGAUUGUACUAUUUCCUUUCAUGAUCUGUAUUUGUAAAUAUUAAAUUUACUAUAUUUGUAAGGAUCUCAAAUUUUCUUUAUGACUAUGUAUCAUUGAAUAUUUAAAGUACAAUACAGUACUCUUGCUGACCAAUUUUGCAUGUUUUAGCUUUCUGUUGUAAUGUUCUUUAUUGUAAACUUAGUGUUGUGUCACAUGGGACAUUUCAUCACUGAUUGCCAAACACCUUUUGCUUAGGUUAAUCUUCUCUUCAGAGUCAAUAGCAGCAGCAUUUCUUAUUUGAACGUGAAGUCAUUUGGAAAGAUGAGUCAGUUAUUAUUUUAUUAUACAUGAUUUUGUAGUCGUGUUUUCUUAUUCACAUCACCUGUUUUCCACAGACCUCACACAAUAUCAUGUAUUGGGUGUCUCACUUGUAGCUAUAAUACAACUACUCCAUUUUAAAGGUGAUUCUUAGAAGAGAUCAAUCAUUUCUGAAGGAUAUUUAUUUUGAAUCGGAAAUGCGCUGAUAAAGAUAUAGUACACAAAAUAAUAUACCACGUAAUUCAGGCAACAAUUAUUAUCUCUCUACCCUUGGAUUUUCAUCUUCAGUGCAGUUGAUAAAUCUAACCUCACUCUUUGUAUCACCUGUAAUAACUGUGGGAUAAUAUCCUUUCUUUUUCAUAAGAUUCCUUAAACAACUUUCUUUUUAUAUUGGUCCAUCCUCCUUUUUCUUUUAUGGUAUUUCAACUUUUCUGCUGGUGCUGGGCUGUUGUGCCCCCCUAUUUUGUAAGUCAAUCUUACCUCUUGGUAUGAUAAGUAAGUACCCUGUCAUACUUAUGAGUACAGUUACAGGAAAACCAUUUUAAUUCAAGUUUGCCACGUGCAUUCCUGUCUUCUGGUUGCCGUUUUUCAUUUGGGGUUCUUCCAUGUGGUUCGGCUCUUCAUUGGGUUAGUUGGUGACUUCACAUUUUAGGUGGGUAGCCUAUCUGUUUUCCUCUAGUUUUAGAUUCUUUGAGAAUUUUUAUGGUGGUUUAGGAUGGCUCAUUACACAAAACUUUAUUCCUGUUCUGUCAACAUUGUCAGUCUUUUCCAACUGAGAUGUCAACUUAUGAGUUGAGGGGAAGAUUUUCAGUCGUCAAAGCCUCUCUACAAUUAGUUUUGGUACAGCAGAUACACCAGACAAGUUCUCAUCUUGGAUAGACGUUUCACAUCAGUCCAAAUACUACGUAUAACAGCAUCUCCCCACUCCAUCAGCUGGAAUGAACCUAUAUAUUAUUACGAGUUCUUGUCCCUAUGGUGGCUCAAUAUCGGGGCUUUGCUUAAAGAGUGUAUUAACACUGAGUAAUCAGUCAUGUCAUCUCUCAGUGUCUCCAAAUCUGUAUCCUUGGACUUAGCAUCCUAAAUUGGAUUUUUUGCAUGUGGUACUAAUCCCCUAUUGCACGUGAGGUUUUAAGUAAGUUCUUCCCUUGUAGGAUGAUUUUCUUCAGUUGAAUGGGUAUACUAUAACAGCUUUGUUAGAGCUCAUAUCUCUGUAGGCAUUAUUUUCAUGCGUUACCUUUCUUAGUUACUUCCAUAUGUUCAUUCCUGGACGUAAGUCAGACUUAUCACAACGCCAAAGAUGACGACUCGUUUUUUGUUUGGAUAAAAUGGUAUAAAUGAUUUUGUCUGUUAUAAAUGGUGUUUCUGUGUCAAGUACUUAUUUUUUUUUUUUUAGAAUGGAUUGACAUCUAACACUCAAAUCCUUUUUUAAACAGUUUCAUUUUAGCUAUAUAUUGUGAGAAACAGUAUGUUAAGUGUGUGGCAAUUACGUAACAGGAAAGUUAAUGCACCUACUUCAUUCUUAGAACCUUUUGUUAUUUAAAUAUGGUAUUUUUGCAAGUAGCCAAGUUUUGGCAAUAUGAAGAUAAAUGAUUUAGUUGUGUUUCAUUAGGAAUACAAAUAUAGAGUAUAUAGUAUAUAAGAGCUCUUUAAGUACAAGGUAAAGAUGACUUCAUCACGUUAUGUAAAGCUAUGAAUGGUUAUGGAAAUGUACACCACAUAACAUUAAUAAUAAUAUAAUAAAGCAUUGAUUUUUUUAGUUUGACAACAAUGUCUGUGGCCCUUUGACUGUUGUGUUAUUAGUAGACCCGAGUACUACACUUUUUGGCUUUUAUGAUGCAAUUACUUUUGUUAAUUCAAGGUAUAUUAUUAUUAUAUUUUUAUUGUGGCCUCUUUUGAAGAAUCCGGUACUACUGAUUUGCCCCAGGCUUUUGACAGUGAGACAUUAUUAAUAAUGAUUAUUGAUUCCGUCAUAUGAGUGUUCGAUUGGAUGUGAAUGAGACAGCCAAGAUCUGUUGAAACAAAUCACUACAAGCAGACCUGUGAUGUAGGGAACAAUGGUUGUAGGAUAAAUGUAUAUACUAAUGUAAUCGAUUUUUAUAACGAAAUGUAUUAUAUUAAUAAAGUUGUUGCAGUAUAUA